ACCGUGCAACCCCAGCACUGUGUGCAUCGACCAUCGAGCUGCAGCAAUGCCAAGGCUGCAGGCUGUGCUGGCUGCGGGAAGUCAACGGGCAAUUGAAUUAAUUUCUCGAGUAAGAAAUCCCACAUUUCCUUGAAAUUUAAGUGUCUAGUUCUGAAUUUCAGUAAGUAUUAAUCAGUCGAUAUCAAUUUUAAGAUGUGUUCCCUGCGAUGAUAAAAGUUUACACGCGUAUCACGCCUGUAUCUGGAGAUUUUCCAAAUUUUCUUUACCAAGUUAGAUCAAGACGGAUAACAUUCAAGGUCAAUAGAUCCAGGUCAGUCCAAUAGCAAGAUGUUCUUUGAAAUUUCCUGAUCUGGUGACGGAUUCCCCGAUUAGCUGUUUCACUACUCUCCACACAUUGCCCCAACUUGCGCUGCUCUGUUGCAUAGUUCCCCCUGAUCUCCCAGACCUGCAUAAGACCCAUGAAAUCAGAUCAAGAGAACAGCAGAGUGGGACAAGUAAAUCGGAAUCUUUGGGCAAUGCAGACAGCCGUGGCUGCUGUUUUCCAAAGGUCAUCACACUCAAAUUUCCCAAUGGAUUGACCUAGGUCUAUCGACCUUGGAUAACAUUAGAUGGUUACACAAAGAGAAAAUUUGAUCUGGGGAGGAUACCAAUUUCCUAGCAUAAUUAAGUAGAUGGCUGAUUUUUGUGUUGAACGUGUAAACUUUGCCUGGAAAAUAAUUUUGUCUUCCAAUCUGCUGUAGACAUAUUGCUGUCAUCAUCAUAUACGUAACUAAAGAUUGCAACGAAGAGAAGCACUGUCAUCAUUGUUCAGCGAUCGACAGACAAAAUUACUGUGCAACACAAAUGCAUUAUGAUGAUUAAAGCCAAGUGACAUGCCUCGGAAGAAGAGAGGAGGCAAAGCAGGGGCACCACCAAAACGUGCGAGCACUGCAAAAUCACAUGCAAGUAGUAAUGGUUCAGAUACAGAAAGUGAUAAGUGCCAAAGAAACUCUCUAACAAAAGAUAAAGCUGAUUACCCAAAAACCCUAUCCUCAGUGAGCAGCGGUAAAACUCCACUCAUUCACAAGAAAUUUGGAAAAGUGAUGAUGGUUGAAGACCAAGCCUGUUUGAACUCAGAUACACCAGCAGAUGACAACGGAGAGAAUGAAAAUGAGAAUGAAAUGGAUAAUGAUUUGGAAAGUGACAAUGAUCUUGAAGACAUGAGUAGUUCAUACAAGCCGCAAGACAUUCAACAAAUGAUUCUUGGUGAUUUGACUGAAGUCACUGUUCAAAGAGAUGAUGGGGAUGAUGAUAUAUCAGAUGAACCCUCAGAAAAAACGUGGACUCCAACUGCGAGUGAGUGGAAAGAGGCACCAAUCCAAAACACUGUUUGCAGUACCUCAGAUGAUGUUGUCAGCUCAACCAAGGAAUCAAAGCAAGAAGUUGUGCAAAAAGAUGACAGUGAUAGCAAAGUUGUAUCUAAGUUUAUUUCUUUAGCGGAGCGGAAAAUCUACUACAGUGAUAGCGAUAGCCAAACAACAGAGCGGAAAUUUUUCUCAGAUGAUGAAAGUGCUUUAUCAGAUGAAGAACAUUCAAAAGAAGAGAACGACCUCUCUGUAGUCCACUGCUUUCAGGAAGCAAUCGAUCAAGAAACAGGUUUUGUAAAACAGUCACCUAUGAAGCCAAAAUGUGAUGAAAGCAGUGUCAAAGUAGGCUCAAGCCUUGAUAAGUGUGAUGACAGCUUUAAGUCCUUAAGUCAAGUCAGUGAAUUGGAUGGUAGUGUAAGUAAAUCAGACAGAGCUAAAGUGAGAACGUUAAAGAAUAUUAGCAAUAAUUUUAAUAGUUCAGAAAAGUCUAAUUUUCGCAGUCGCAGUGGUAGCUCUGAUACAACAAGUUCUGAGUCGGGCUCUAAUUCUAGUUCAAGUGUGCGAAAGUCAAGUAGGAUCCGUUCAAAUGGUUUGAAAGUGAAUAGUGUUAGUGAAUUGAGAAGUGAUAACAAAGUUCCUGAGCUCCUUCCUCCGCUGCCAAGCUAUGAUGGAGAUAAACCAGUCAAAGUGAAGUCAAGAUGGCGCAGAGCAAGUGAAAGAGAAGUGGAAAUGGCAGGUGGAAACCAGCCCACAUCAGAAUCAGAGCUUAGUUCGCCUAAAGCAACAUGUGUGCCACCACCUCCUUCUGUCAACGAUGUUCCAAAAGGAAUGUCUUGUGAAGUUGCAGAAAAGCUGCGUAAUUUCAUCAUGUUAGAUGAAAAUGAAUACUUGACGCAACGGUCUAUUAGCAAGGAUGCCAAGCGAAUGGUCUGCGAAUGUGGAUCAACCAAAGAGGAAUUAGCACCCCAUGAGAAAGGGUGUGGUGAAUACUGUCUCAAUAGGAUACUUAUGAUCGAAUGUGGAUCAAGAUGUCCCUUGUACAGCCGCUGCUCUAACAAGCAGUUUCAAAAUCGAGAAUACGUCAAGUGUGAAGUUUUCAAAACGGAGAAAAAAGGCUAUGGAAUUAGAGCUCUAGAAGAAAUUCCAAGUGGGGCUUUCCUAUUUGAAUAUGUGGGCGAAGUCUUGGAUCCCAAGGAAUUUCGUCGAAGAGCCAAAGACUAUGCGAAAGAUAAGAAUCAACACUACUAUUUUAUGGCCUUAAAGAACGAUUCUAUAAUCGAUGCCACAAUCAAAGGCAACAUCUCACGAUUCAUCAAUCAUAGUUGUGACCCGAAUGCUGAAACACAAAAGUGGACUGUUAAUGGAGAGUUAAGAAUUGGAUUUUUCAGUCGUCGAACAAUUGCAGCUGGCGAAGAGUUGACUUUUGAUUACCAACUUCAAAGAUAUGGAAAAGAAGCACAACGGUGUCACUGUGAAACAGCCUUAUGUCGUGGCUGGAUAGGUCAAGAUCCAAACAAAGAAUCUCCUGACCCAGUGAACGAUUUCGAUGAGUCCAAAGAUGAAAAACGUCGUGAAAAAAAAGAAAAAGAGCGCCGGCGGAAAGAGGACAAACGGCAGAAAGAUUUUAAAGAAUUCUUGGACACAGUUGAUCCUGAGGAAGAAAUUGAGAAACUAUGUUCAACAGGGUUGAGAAGUCGUGCUGAUACCUUAACUCUUUGUAGACACUUGCUUCGAGUUGAAGAUUUGCCACUGAGGUUAAAACUGCUACAGGUACUUCGGUCUGCCGAACAACCUGUGCGUCGACUGUUCCUAGAUUACCAUGGUCUAAGACUUCUCUGGACGUGGAUGAAUGACAACUCAUUGUGUAGCGACUCAAAUUUUCAACUGGAGGUCCUGGAAACUCUAGAAAAAUUGCCUAUCUCAAACAAAACAAUUGUUCAAGAUUCCAAAGUUAUGUCUGUUGUUGAAAAAUGGUCAUCAAGUGAGAGUGAAGGAAAGACUGAAUUAGAGGUUGAUGUCAAAAAGGAAGACGUAGAAAAAGGUGGACCAGAAGAUUCUCACCAAGUGAAGAAGCAAGUGAUUGAAUUAGCAAAAAAACUUUUGUCAGAAUGGCAGUCGUUGAAGGAACUCUUCCGCAUCCCUAAGAAAGAAAGAAUUGAACAAUUAAAAGAGCAUGAGAGGGAAGCUGAUAGAGGAUAUAUCAGAGACCUGGAGCAUAACAAACACAAGAGUAAAUCAUAUGAUCGCCGAGAACAAAAUAGGUAUAGCUGGGUGAACCCAGACUAUCGAAAAGAUUGGGACUGGGAUCGGAAAAGAAGUCGAGAUGGAUCACCUGACUAUGAUCGGCCGAGAAAAUCAAGAUUUGAAGACAGGCAAGACAGGAACAGCAAAGAGAGACGAAGAAUUCUUGGGGUGGAUGAUGAUGAAAAUUGCUAUCUGGAACAAGAUCAAAGACAAUUUGAUGAUGAAAGGCAGCAAGAAGAAAUGUGGAGAAACAAUGGGAGGGAUCCCAACAGUGGUCCUUGUUAUCCUCGGCCUCUAGGGCCUUGGCCUCCUUUCCCUCCAGAUCCAAAUAUGAUGCCAUCAGAUAUGCCUCCACCAGAUUUGGGGUUGUAUGGCCCUCCAAACGGUGGGAACCCUCCCGGUCCAAUGAUGUAUCCACCUGGUCCUAUGAUGGGUAGGCCACCAAUGCCAUUCGGGGUGGAUCCUAGCUGUAUGUCAUUCCCUCCAAUGACGCCCCAGCCACCUGUGUUCAAUCCUCAAGACCCGAACUUCCAGCCACCUGUGCCCAUGUACCCCCAGCAAACAAACAUGCCUCCUAUGCCGAUGGGACCUCCAAUGGGUCCAGGACAGAACUGGCCUGUAGAAAAUGCUGCACCAUUUCCACCCAUGCCAAAGCAAGAAACCAACUACUCUCAAAUGCCUCCUUUGCCUCCGGGUGAAUUGGCCCAGCCUCAGUCAAGUGUGGUGCCCCCAAUGCCACCAUCGUUCACAGCACCCAUUAUUAAACUCCCUCCCAAAUGGCGUUCAGCAACUGAUACUUUAGGAAGAACUUACUACUAUCAUGCAAAAACGCGCGUGUCUCAGUGGGAGCCACCUCCUUGGCAGCCACUUCUAACAAAUACAGCAUCUGAUUCUUCUUCAGACUCCGAUGAUGAUGAAGAUAGCCUCUCCGAUGAUGAUGACUCAGAUGAUUCAGAAAAUGACUCGGAUAGAAUGGAAGAGAACAAUGGUGUUCAAGGAGACAACGAUGAGGAUGAUUAUGAUUUGAAUGAGCUCACUGCUGGAAUGAACAAAUCAAUAACAGAUGGUCCAGGCACAGUCAUUGAUCCCAAAAAAAAAAGACGUGAAGGACUUGUUGAAGAAAGAAUAAUUAGUCCUAACUAUGAUGUAGAAAAAGAUAGACAAAGAUCUCGCGAGAAGAAGAAAAAGUACAGGGAACUGAAAGAAAGACUGAGAGAUGAAAAAAUGAAAAAGCGACGCCACAAAGAAAGCAGCAUCACUGUUAAACCAAAGACAAAAUGCGAGAGUGUUGCAGCAGACACAUCUAGUGGCCCUGCCCGCAAAAUCAAAGAUCAGUUCAGAUUAAAUAUGGCUGGUGUCAUUGUUCACUACCUCAAUCCAUACAGAAAACCAGAUUGUAAAAUUGGCAGAAUUUCCAGCAAUGAAGACUUCAAACAUUUAGCAAGAAAACUAACCCAUUUUGUGAUGUUAAAAGAACUGAAACACUGCCGUAGCGUAGAUGAAUUAACAUGUAAUGACAAUGUGAAACACAAAGCGAAGGAUUUCAUAAAAAAAUACAUGUCCAAAUUCGGCAGCAUCUAUUCUCGUCCGAUUGAUGAUUUAGACUGAGCUUCACCCUCUGAGGGAUAGCGUUUGUUACUGUGCUGUUGUAAAGUGUAAAGUGUAAUUUAUUUCGGAGCUUGACAAGCAUUUUCAUCUCUCCGUUCGUCUGCUCAUGUUGACUAUUUUUAUUUAGGAUCCCCGUAUUUUAUGCUAAGUUUUAAGCAUGUACAUAGUAUUUCCCUUGUUUGUAUUUUUUUUACGCAGUCACAUUGAUUUUUAUCAUCUUUUCAUUAUUUGAUGAUGUGAGUUUUAUUCUGUUAGAUGUAUAUUUUAUUUCAGCAGUCAGAAUAUCAAUUAUCUUAUUCGGAUUCACUUUCGUUGGUUAAUUUCUAUUCAAGAUGUAUCUUACCGUUUUCGUGAGUUCUUUUAUGAGUGGUUAAAAGAAUUUUUCAUCUCUUAUCCUCCGCCAUGAAUCUCUUUUCUUCAUCAAACCGCUCAUGGGUAGAUUACUCGGAUGGUACUCUAAAGUCAACAUAAGCGGUAGAACUUUAGUUAUCUAUUUCGUCUGUUUCUUUAUUUACUCAAUUUUUGAUGGUUUUAUUUGCAGCAGUCAUUGCUAUCAACUAAAAAGAGUGUUUGUAUGUCUGGAGGCAUAUUUUAUGUAUGGUAGAAAUUCUGACAAAAAAAAGUUGUCUGUUGUAUUUAUGUGUUUUUGAGUGAAUGCGCGCAUGUAGAUCUACCAGAGGCAUCAAGUUUCUACCUCAAAAAGUAAUGAUUUAUUCCAUGAGGAUAGUGAUCAGUUUUGAUCUAUUGCUUUGUUGGUUUCUCAAAGUGAAGCAAUCUUCAAUACCUAAAAGUAGAAUAUGCUUUAUGACUGGGUAAAAAAUCUGUGCUUAAAGUCAUUAGUUGAUAGAACUUAAAGUGAAGGAGUUCAUUCUAGUCGGAAUGAUUCCUGUAUUGAUGUCAGUUAGAAUUUGCUGCUUCAUUUUGAAUGGAUCAUCUUAAAAUCCUUUUUAUUCCUGUGGCUUUCUUUAGGGAUGAGUUCUGUAGGGCAUCUUACUGUUGUGACAGCCGAUCGCAGCAUAACCUCAUGUAAGAUUCUUACAAAGUCAUAGGAUCCUUUCCCAUGAACCUAGACCCAUCCAUCGCUUGCUCCAUAUGUGAGGUUAAGCCAACAGUUGAAAUUUAACUUUUAAUGCUGUUGAACUAUUGGAGUCUUAUAGAGGAAAGUACUAUAAGUCUUAUAGAGGCUAUUAGUCUUAUAGAGGGAGUUCGGAGUCUUAUAGAACUCGUCCUUGCUCCCUUGUUUAAAAGAAACUAAUGCUUUGUAAAUGUUUUCAUUCCGAUUUCACUCCAUUUGCUCAUGCAUUAAGAUUUAAUUGUAAAAUCACACUAAGCUUUUUUUAUUUUUAUUUUACACCAACGGAUUUAAUUUAAAAUCAAUACUCUGUGCCCUAAUGGGUUUAAUUUUAUUGAUUGUAGGAAUUAGAUUAGCAAGUUUACUUGAGCGCAGAGACUUGCUUGAUGAAAGAACAAUUUAUUUAAUUUGCAAUGAUUGUUUUCCCUCAUCUUUUGAAUUUGUUUAGGGCAUCAUCAUGAGAUAGGGUAAUAGAAUUUUGAUAGAAGAAAUUAAAACCUUGAGAGAUAAGAGAAAUAUCUUUUAACCAUGAUCUCUGAACAGAAAUUUGUCUUGCAACAUCUGUUGAAGCAGGUCAAGGGAGCUUAUCAUCAAGAUAACAAUAAGCUGAGUCUCUUCCAGUCUCUGGUUUCUAUUGUCAAGGAGGCUUUUCUCUUGGCCUCAUUGAAUUUUCUGUUAGUUUCAAAAUAAUUGUAUGUAGAGAAGAUGUUUUUAGUUAUCCUUCUGCAGGAAAUUACGAAUUUAAGUGGUUGAUCAUAAAUACUUUCUCUGUAUUGUUUCAGUAUAUCAUCUAUUUUGUUUCCUCCCAGAGUAAGUGAAACAUAGGUAUGCUCUCACGCACCUCUUAGUCCAAAAUGCAACUUUCUGUUCCUGCCAUCAAAAUUACAGCACAAGAUUUGAAUUUCAACAACUUUGCAGUUUCAGCCAAAAACAAGAAUGACCGUUUGCUAUUGAUAAAGUUGAACUAACAGUCACCUUAUUGAGAGUAAAUAAAUGUUCAUUCUUAACACAUUUGUUUGCUCUGAAUUUGUUCAUUUUAUAAACAGCUGACUUUCAUUUUUAUUUUCAGCGAAGACUGCUAAAUUGUUGAAAUUCAAAUUUCACGCCUUGGCUCUAAUGACUGGAUCAAAGAGCUACAUUUCGGCCAAAGGGGUCGGCAAGGGCAUUCUACCUACGUUUCACUUACCUUGGUUUUCUCCUCUGUUUGUAAUUUUUGUUGAAUGGAAUAUUUACUGCCCAAUGUCCAAUUCAAACUCCUUUAAUCACUGAAUCGGUGGCUUUGUCAUCAUUAAAGAUGCAAAUUACCUUAUAUGAUCCUAGGUUUUACCCUAGAAAUGAGCUUGUUCGGUAAUUUUUAAUUCUUGCAUUUUGAAAGGUAGAAAGUAACUUAGCUUACAGGAAUUUUCCCGGAUUUUUUUGUACAACAUGAAGCCACAAAAAACAAUUUUAAAGUUGGGUAAUUUGAUCUCUCCGCACAACAUCUUGCCUUUCUUGGCGAUGCGCGUUUAAAUGGAAGCUCAAAUCAUCCAACUUUCAACUCGUUUUUUGUGCCUUAAUAUCUUCCAAAAACAUCCGGGAAAAUUCUAUCAACUAAGUGCACUCGACUUUUCAAAAAUGCAAGACUUAAUAAAAAUUACUGAACAAGUUCUUUGAAUCGUUGCAAUCAUUAAACUAGUCAGGAUACGAUUUCCUUCUGUUGAAUUUAUUCCUCUCAACUGGACGUCUUUCUAUCAAACGGAACUAAGUGCCAAUUUGAGUUCCUUUUGAGGAAUUUAGAAUUCCGGAUAGCGCGUUCUGUCAAACGGACCUAAGCGCCAUGGAAAAGCAUUGCGAGUAUAGGACGGAAUAAGCCGGACGCCCGAUUCCGCCGCCAAUCCAAGCCCCCCUCUACCUUCCUCACCCUAUGGCGCUUAGGUCCGUUUGAUAGAAAUACGUCCAACUGAUCUCCUAAUACUUUUUUACUUAGUUUUGAAUCAGUCCCAAUUACUGAAUAAUUUUUGAAGAGCAUGUGUUGUUCAGUAAAUUUUGACUCUGGGCUUCCUAUCGUUAAUCAUAAUUCCGCAGUUUCAAGAAUAAUUAAAGUAUUCCUUUUGCAGCACUUUGAAGGGAUUUGCAAACCAAUCCAUGCUGUCUGUAAUUUUCAGUUGAAUCAGGUUCAAUUAAGUCAAAAAUUAGGUUACUCAUUUAUUGCACCAAAUUUGCCGGGAGUUUGUUUAUAUUUUUCAAGGAGAUUUGCCCGAGUAGGCAAACGUUCAGAAAAAUACCAUUAUUGAAUGUAGCACUUAGUCCCUUUGUCAAAAGCAUCGACUAAGUUAUCAUUAAAUUAAACCAGGUUGACUUCUUUUUAAAAUGUAUUAAUCAUCCCUUGAGGAAAUUUCUCAACAGAAGUACCUAUUCAGAUUGACCGAAAUAGUAGUCUUACUGUAUAUCUUUUGAAAUUUAUACUAGAAUAACUUAAUCGUUUACCCAGCCCAGUUGAGCACAAGACCAAUCCGCACAGGUGAGUCGUUCUUCUGCGCAAGUUGUACUGUUCGGCCUAUUGGCGAGGGGAAGCCUAAAUGAAUUUCAUUUGUUUCAUUUCAAAUGGGAGCAGCCAACGCUGUGUGCUCCGCUAUUGCCACUGGAUGCGUUUGAGUGAUGACCGAAGAAAGAUGCACAAUGACUGACUUGCGUGGAUUGGUCUUGGCAAUAGUUUUCCGAAGAAAAAGAAGUCAUGAUGCGGUCAAAUUGGAUGUACGUCCGUAAUAAAAGUUUCAUUCCAGUUUUUCAAGCCAGUACCAUUGAGCGUGUACCAAUUUUAGGGUAUCUCUGUCAUGGUGUUACCUUGGGAAUUCUCUGUUGAGUCAAGUACCUGAAUAUUCAGAUUUAGAUCCAGACAGUAUUAUAUCCUCCUCCAAUCGGAAUGCAAAGUAAUCCUCAUUGAUCAUACUAUCUGAGAAACCAUUUUCACAUCAUUAGUAUCCCUAUCAAUUUCUUGGGACUAUAAAGUAUGCAAGAACUGGUGAUUAACUGGAUUACAUUUUGCAAUAAGGAACCACUAUCUCUCGCUCCUCUAUAAAAGCACAUAUCUGCAUAGGGAAACCAAUGGCACGUAUGUUGUUUCUAAAAUGGGCCGGAAAUAGUGGUUCCUUAUUGCAAAAUGUAAUCCAACUUAUCCCUUAAGAAUAUUGGCUAGAAUCAGUUUAAUUUAUUCGAGGUGCCCAUCUGUAAAUUGUCAAAUAACAAUAAUAGUUAAGGUCAUGAUAAUGCUCUUCAAUGUGGAAAAAAAUGUUUUUUAGCAAGAAAUUAAUUUUUCUCUCAGUUGUGUAGCUACUGGAAUUGGACUACAUUUUGCAAUUAACUACAAUUUCUAGCUUAGUUUAUAAACAACGUAAGUGUCAUUAGUACGAAUGAGCCAGAAAUUAUAAUUUCCAGUUGCAAAAUGUAGUCCAGUUAGCUUAUGAUGCAAGACUGAAACAGUCGACAAGAGAAAGGAUGGUCCCAAUAUUUAUUUGUUUUAAAAUUUCUCCUUACCUUUGACCCAAAGUUCCCUAAAAGUAACUGAUUUCAUCUCUUACAAAGAAGCCUAAGUCAUGAAAUAUCCAAAUGGAACGUUAUUUUCUCUGGUUUAACUUAUUUCAAUUGCUCCUAUCAGUGUCCCAACAACAAGUCAACAUACCAAUCAUAGAGCAAAAUUAGUAUAUCGGAUUUCUUUUUCCCUUUUGAAAAUAUGUAACACACUUGAAUUCUCUUUUCUCUAUUUGUUCUUGUACGAAGAAAUUUCUCCUCUCAUUAAAUUUGUGUUUUUUUCCAUUUGUUUAGUUAUCUUUAAAAUGUUGACGUACUCUGUUACUUGAUCCAUUUAAACUGCAAAUUGACUUGUAUCAUUAUGUUUUUAUGUACAUACAUUUGAUAUUAUAGUUGUUUUAAUUCAA